AGCAGGACAAAAGCACAGGAACCCAGCACGAGUUGAUGCAAGCAAAGACACAAGCAAAAACCCCUGCUUUUGCAAACAGCCUAGCUGCUGGGUUUCACAAAGAGCCGGACUGACUUUCAGUGUUUCGUUUGGACUCCAGCUAGGAAGCUGCAGCCGCCACCGAGAACUAAAAAACCUGAAUGAACGGCAGCUUUCAUAUUAUGCAUCCUGCUGAGCAGCAGCAAGGACAGUAAGAGACAGAGGUUCUGAGUCACACGCUGGCUCUGCUGAAGAUGAGUGCCAUGUUGUUCCUGCUCUUGGUGUCCAUGGCAAACGUCGGUGCUGUGCUAGACAAGGGUCUACCAAGGCGGGAACAACCGCGGCGCCUCUCGUGCGUGCGAUGCUGCGGGCCUUCGGAGCAGCCCGUCUCCAUCAUCUCCUCCCGAUACACGAGGAUGAGCAGCGACCCUGCCUAUUCGGUACCCAAAGUCCAGCCCACUAUAGAUAUCACCAUCCUCAAAGGUGAGAAAGGUGAAAUGGGAGAGAAAGGGUACCCUGGAGCAGUUGGGAAGGAAGGACAAAGAGGGUUACGUGGUGUUAAUGGACAGAAAGGCCAGAAAGGCCAGCCUGGCCCACAAGGCCAUUCCUGCAAGCAGCUCUACGCCGCCUUCUCGGUGGGUCGGAGAAAACCCCUUCACAGCUCAGACUACUUCCAGCACGUCACUUUUGACACCGAGUUCGUGAACCUCUACAAGCACUUCAACAUGUUCUCGGGGAAGUUCUUCUGCUAUGUGGCAGGAAUCUACUACUUCAGCCUCAACGUCCACACCUGGAACUUCAAGGAGACCUACCUGCACUUGAUGAAGAACGAGAAAGAGGCGGCCAUCCUCUACGCCCAGCCCAGUGACCGGAGCAUCAUGCAGAGCCAGAGCCUGAUGCUGGACCUGCAGGAAGGAGACGAGGUCUGGGUGAGGAUGUUCAAGCGGGAGCGAGAAAAUGCCAUCUAUAGCGAGGAGUCUGAUGUUUACAUCAUCUUCAACGGCCAUUUAAUCAAGCCAGCCGUAGAGUAG